AUGCCCGGGCCGUUGCGAUGUGGCCUAUCUGACACACAUUGGCUGCCAUGGCAUGCAGGCAAGCCGGCAAGCCUACCGGUCGUGGUAGUGAAAGCUGGGCUUGUCUAUCACGGCCUCGGACCCAUGUUCCGCCUGCACAAAGUUCUCUUACCAACCGAACAUGUGAGUCUGCUCUGUUGUUGUACCCCCCUGGCUGAAAUAGUGUUUUCGUAA